CGCUGGUAUGCUCCGCGAGCUGUAUUGUGGGUUGCUGGGGCUUAUUUUUCGGUUAGCCGGCGUUCUGGUACUGCUCCAGUAUUUAGGCGACAUCACGUCUCGAAUUUGUGCACGUACUGCCGGACUAAGCACCCACAGCCAGGCAGCACGCUGCAAGACGCCACAGACGAUCGAAAUGCGUCUCCUCCCAGCCGGCGCGCCGCGGCUCGGCCUGGGCCUGGCAGCACUUGGGAGGCCUGGCUACAUCACGCUCAACAGAGGCGCGGAUCUCGCCGACCGCAGCGUCGAGGCGAUGCGGGCGCGCGCGGAGGAGGUGCUUGACGCCGCGUACGCGGGCGGCGUCCGAUGGUUCGAUUGUGCGCGCUCGUAUGGCCUCUCCGAGGACUUCGUCGGGAAGUGGCUCGAGAAACGCGGGCACACCUGCGACGCCGUAGCCGUCUCAUCCAAAUGGGGCUACCGCUAUACCGCCGGCUGGCGCGUCGACACAGCUGGGGAGCCCCACGAGGUCAAGGACCACUCCGCGGCGCACCUGCGGCAGCAGUGGCCCGAGAGCGACGAUCUUGUUGGGUCCCACCUGCGCCUGUAUCAGGUUCAUUCAGCGACCUUUGACAGUGGCAUCCUCGACAACGUUGAAACGCAUGAAGCGCUCGCGGCGCUCAAGCGCGACAGGGGCUGGGCGCUCGGGCUGUCGGUGUCGUCGCCGGCCCAGGGAGACGUCGUCGACGCGGCCCUCAAAAUCGAGGUCGACGGCGAGCGCCUCUUCGACGCCGUCCAGGCGACGUACAACAUCUUCGAGCAGGCGCCCGGACCGUCGUUGACGGCCGCGCAUGCGCAAGGCUGCACUAUCAUCGUCAAGGAGGCGAUGGCGAACGGCCGAGUGCUAUCCAACGCUGCACUUCUGAAGCACGCGGCGGAACUCGAUUGCUCGCCGGACGCGCUGGCGUUGGCGUGUGUGUUGGCGCAGCCCUUCGAGCCGCACGUAUUGAGUGGUGCGGUGACGACCGACCAGAUCGCGUCAAACCUGGGAGCGCUGCCCGUCGCCGAGCGCUUACGCGGGGACCCGGAGCUCCUGGGGCGCAUCAUGGGCGAGACGCGGCAGGACUCCGAGGCGUACUGGGCGGAGCGCGCGGCGCUCGCGUGGAACUAAGGUGGAGUGUUGUAUAUGUCGUCCGAGUCGCCCAGGCUAGCAGAGCGGAG